CAAUGACCGACAUACUAAGCUGUAAAAGGGUGAAGAGGACGCUUUAAACAUCCUUCGCGACACAAAUGAGGAAACUUUAAAAAAAAAAAAAAAAAAGUUCACCAUGCGCUUGUCCUGGGUUCUCCUGGCAAAGAUGUGCUGUGAUGCUGCUCAGUCCUGGAGCAAAGAGGAGGUAGGAGGGAUGCGAGGAACACAUCCUAUUGGCUGUCACAGGACGGGCAUGAGGUCAGCUUAUACAACUUUUUGCAGCCGCACUUUUUGGUGCAAACUCGACUGAGAAGUUAUGUCAGAGCAACCUAAGGUGCCAUAAAAGAAAUGAAAAGGAUGAACUGGAGCACAUCAUGUUCUUUAUUCCUAUGGUGUUUCUUCUCUUCCUGCAGCCUGUCCUCCAUGGAUACUUCAGAAGCUCCUGCACAUGGAGAGUACGAAUCGCUUUGGCCAUGAAAGGUAUUGAAUAUGACCAAGUGCCUGUCAACCUGAUCAAAGAUGGAGGUCAGCAGCUCACAGAGGAAUACAAGACUUUCAACCCAAUGCAGCAAGUGCCUGCAGUGGAAAUUGAUGGCAUCACCCUCUCCCAGUCAUUGGCAGUGAUCCAGUACAUUGAUGAGACCAGGCCAGGACCUCGCCUUCUGCCAUCAGAGCCAAAGAAACGGGCCCAGGUUCGGAUGAUAAGUGAUCUUAUUGCUUCUGGGAUACAACCUCUGCAGAAUCUACACGUGAUCCAAAAGAUUGGAGCAGAGAAGGUGCCGUGGGCGCAGUAUUUCAUUAAUCGUGGUUUUGAAGCUCUUGAGCCUAUUCUCAAGCAAACGUCUGGGAAAUAUUGCGUCGGUGAUGAGAUAUCCAUGGCUGACAUAUGCCUGGUGCCGCAAGUCUACAAUGCAGAGAGGUUUAAAGUGGACGUCAGUUUGUAUCCAACAAUCCACAGGCUAAAUCAAAGCUUACUUGAGAUCGAAGCUUUCCAAGUGAGCCAUCCAUCUUGCCAGCCAGACACGCCUGUUGAACUGAGAGUAUAGCAAAUGCUGGGCUCCCACUUCACACACACUAAAAUAAAAUGCUUUGGAUAUAACUCCA